GUCAUAACGUACUUGGUACUUGUCUAUAUGAUAGUAGAAAAAAAAUCAACUUUUGACAGAUAUUUCACAUUUUAUUUAGCUAGAUUUUUCAAAAUAAUAGUAACAUAUCGAAAUUACAUAAAACUAUCCUUUUAGUGUACGAGAGCCUGUAAAAUGUUUUCGUUUCGUAAACCAAAGCGGAUCCAGCGGCGUGUGGCUUGUGCUGAUGAUGACGAAGACGCGGAACCCGAGGCGCCACCACCGCCGAUCAUCAGCCACGAGAAAAAGGAAAAACCUGUGAAAACCACUUCUUUAUUAAGCUUUGUUGAUGAAGAAGAGGAAGAAGAAGUUUUCAAGGUAAAGAAGUCAUCACAGAGCAAAAGGCUGGCCAAGCGCAGAGAGAAGGAGAGACGGAAAGUCCCAGAUGGUGAUAGUAACAAAUAUGACAAUAACAUCAAUGAGGAUAACAGCAACCACAUGGACGUGGAUGAAGAACCGCCCAAACCGAAGAAGAAAGUGACGCUCGAGGGUUUGAUACUGUCGGGGCGGGAGGCUCUCGCGGCGGACGGCGCGGGUGACAUCUCGGAGGAGGAAGACGACGAAGAGGACAGGGGGUUCCACCGGUACCGCGCGGAGUCGGUCAGGGCCGCGCUGGCCGUGCCCGGCGCCAUUCCCGACGCGGCGCUCAUCCACGCCGCGCGCAAAACGCGACAGCAGGCGCGCGAGCUCGGCGCUGACUUCAUUCCUGUGCCUUCGGAGGCGCCGGCCGGCUCGCGACUAGUGAGAGACGACGACGGAUCCGCCGACGAGGAUGACGACGAGGGAAGGAUCCACGUCAGAGGCCUCGACUUACCCAGUGAUAAGCCUAAACGUGGCACGGCGGCUGCGUCGCCUGAUGAAGAAAUUAACAGCGAUGUAGAAGAAUGGGAGGAGCAGCAGAUGCAGAAGGCGAUGCCAGCCAUUGUUGAUAUAUCAGAGAGCGCGGUGGAGCUGAACCCGUUCGCGACGGCGUGCGCGCCGGUGUCGCUGGGCGCGGUGACGCAGCCGCACCUGCGCCCGCUCGCCGCCACGCCGCCCAACACUGCGCACGAUCUUGUCGUCGCGCUCAGGCAAAGACUAGAAGAGCUAAAAAUGGAGCGCAACAAAACAGCGGAGAAGCGCGAGGAAGUGAUGACUCGGCUGCAGCAGUCGGCGCGCGUGCGCGUGAGUGCGUCGGAGCGGUGCUCGACGCUCGGCGCCGCGUACAAGCGGGCGCAGGCCGCGCGCGGGUACCUCACCGACCUCGUCGAGUGUCUGGACGAGAAGAUGCCACAACUGGAGGCAUUAGAGAGUCGCGCGUUAGCGAUGCAUCGGCGUCGCUGCGAGUUCCUCGUGGAGAGACGCCGCGCCGACGUCCGCGACCAGGCGCAGGACGUGCUAGCCAUGGGAGCGCGUGCGGGGUCGGUGAAGCCUGUGGAUACGGAGGAGAAGGUGCGGCGCACGGCGGAGCGCGAGGGGCGGCGGCGCGCGCGCAGGCUCAAGCGCGAGGCCGCCGCCGCCGCCUCGGGCGCCGCGCUCCACCACCGCGACGGCGACUCCAGCGACGACGAGCUGCCGCCGCGCGAGCUGCACCACUACCGCGCCGAGAGAGAGGCGAUCGCGGCGGAGGCUUGCGCGCUGUUCGCGGACGCGCUGGGCGCGUGGCGCUCGGCGGCGGGCGUGUGCGCGCGCGUGGCGCGCUGGCGGCGGCGCGACCCGGCGCUGUACGCGCGCGCCUUCCUGCCCGCCGCGCUGCCGCGCCUGCUCGCGCCCUAUGUCAGGCACCAGUUGAUACUAUGGAACCCUUUAGCGGAUGAAGACAAUGAUGAUUACGAGAAGAUGGACUGGUACAAGUCCCUGAUGAUGUAUGGUGUCCGCUGCGAGAAGGCAGCGAGUGGCUCGUCGGGUUCAGACUCCGAAGAAGGCGAGGAGGACGGACCUGUCGUUGUGACUGAAGACUCAGUACGCGACGACGUGGAUCUCCUGCUAGUACCUACUAUCGUCAACAAGGUUGUGCUGCCCAAACUUGUCGAACUAGUGGAGCAUGCUUGGGACCCGAUGUGCGUGCGCGCAUGUGUGCGCCUGCGUCAGCUGCUGCUGCGCGCGGCGACGGGCGCGGCGGGCGGGGGCGCGGGCGGCGCGGCGGCGCUGCGCGUGCUGGCGACCGCGGUGGCGACGCGACUCGCCGCCGCACACAACGCAGACGUCUUCCUGCCCGCGCUGCCGCCACACGUGGCGGAGGGUCCUGGCGGUCCGUUCUGGCGCCGCUGCGUGGGCGCGGGCGUGCGGCUGCUGCGCGCCACGCUGGCCCUCGCCGCGCCGCCCGCGCUGCUGCAGGCUGACCACAGGGUGCUUGCGCUCAUCGAAACGCUGUGCAUGGCGGCGGGCGCGGCGCCGCCGUGCCUGAUGUGUGCGGCGGGCGCGGCGCUGGCGGACACGCUGCCGCGCACCGGACCGUUGCGCCGCGCCGCGCUGCAGCGUCUCGCGGCGCUUGCGCAGCUCGCGCUCAGCCGCCUGCACUCCGACAACCCCUUGCACAUAAAAGCGUUGGAGCAAGCGCGUGCGAUCAUAGCAGACGCGCGCGCAGCGGAAUGACACCCCUGGUAUCUGCCCGCGCUGGUUAAUUACAAAGUUGUCUACAAACUCGACUCCAACCGCUAUGCAACCAUGCCUUACGAAACCAAUGCUCUGGAGAAAUUAUAAUCUGAACAAAAUAAAGAAAAAUUUGUUCUCUAUAUAGACACGAACAAUUAAGUUAUUACCCAAUUAUAUGUUAAGAAUGGAUUUUGAUGCAUUCCUUGGAAGGCAAAAUGCAGUAAUUAUGAAAAUAAAUGUUGAUUCCACGAUUAAUUGAUCGAAAUACUAUUGUGUCGUAUGUCAUGAAAGACUUAGUAAAGACGUGAUAACACGCCGUAACGUGUAAUUUGUCUACCUAACACGACCAAUCACCAGCACUGAAAAUAAGCUUCCAAAAGAAAUAUGAUUUGUUCAAACUAACACCUGCAGGAGGCUUCAAAUAUCUAUUAUUUUUGUAAGGUAUUCACGUAGUCGUGCAUUUUGGUGACAUUGUCAUCCAAACGCGUUUAAUAAUUGUAAACGCUGUUGUGUAUAGACAUGGUGUACUGAGAUAUAUAAAUAAAUGUGAGUGAAAUAACA